AUGAUGAGGCUUCUGUGUUGGUUUUUCUGGGCCUUUCAGGCGGCCGCCCAAUUUGAAAGCAUUAGUCCUGCAGGAACCGAACUUACCUUUACGAUUCAUGUCCCUCAGGACACGGCCGAUUCAGGGAAGGGCCCGAUCUUCUUCCAACUGAACACCACGAGCCCCGUACAAUGGUUCGCGCUUGGACAAGGCACUCAAAUGCGCGGUGCCAACAUGUUCGUCGUGUACACCUCUGCUAGCGGAAACAACAAUGUGACUGUCUCCCCACGCCUCGGCCAGGGCCAUGUCAUGCCGGAACAUAAUGCGGACGCGGAUGUUUCCGUGUUGGAGGGCAGUGGCUUCUUCAACGAUGAGAUCAUCUCCGCGAGCAUUCGAUGCGACAGCUGUAUUAGCUGGGACGGCGGCAGCCUGGAUGUGACCAGUGCAUCCAGUCCUUGGAUCUGGGCUGUCAAGUAUGGAACUCCAUUGGGUAGUGAUAGCGUGUCCGCCGGGAUCAGCUAUCAUGACACACAGGGGACCGCAACUGUGAAUUUGGAGAAGGCUACGGGGCAGUUAUCUGCCAGUUCGGACUCGAAUGCGAAUCCAUUCCUCCAACUGUCCAGCGCGACAGUGUCCUCCGCGGAGAGUGGUGCCCCGUUCGACACUGUCGCGCUGAACCGGAAGAAGCUUGCUCAUGCAAUUCUGAUGACUUUGGUGUUUGUCGUGUUCUUCCCCUUUGGCGCCCUGGCACUUUACGUAUUCCCUUCGACCAUUGUCACCCACGCCACGCUGCAGCUCUUCAACCUUGUGAUCGCCAUCGCCGGACUAGGCAUCGGGGUUUCCAUGGCGAAGCAGAUCCAGCUCAGCAACCACCAUCACCCGAUCAUUGGAUUGGUUGUGGUGAUUGGCCUCGUUGUUCUUCAACCAGCCAUGGGUCUGUUGCAGCACCGGCAUUACCGCAAGAGCGUUGGCGAUGGCAGCUCUGGUAAAGGGCCGUUUGCCUAUCUCCACCGGUGGUUUGGACGCAUGAUGAUCGUGCUAGGCAUUAUCAAUAUGGGACUCGGAUUUCGGCUGACGGGAUUUCAGGAUCCCUAUGCACCUCGCGGGGCAGUGAUCGCGUGUAGUGUCGUGGCCGGAGUGGUGGCCAUCGUGUAUAUAGCGAUUCUGGUCCUCGCGGCAUACCUGCAUCGGAAGUCGCACCACAACAAACCGUCCGUCCAUAUUACCUACGACGAGGGGAUUCAAAUCACCCGCCAAUUCCUCUACUAUGCGUCCAAGCACCCCGUCGAAGAUAUCCAGGCCUUCACCAGCCAGUGGGUCCCGAGUCCUCACUGGGUAAGAACCGAGACCGUCGCGAUCCCCGAUGAAUACCUGUCGACGGCUGCCCAGGCAGUCAUGAAGCAGCUGGGACCAAAGGGAAUUGUCCGCGUGGGCGGUGAACAAUGGUGGCAAUGGCGAGGACCGUCGGAGGAGCUCAAGGGAGAAUGGGUCGAGAUGCGCAGCCAUCACAACGAGACCAAGAAGGCCAAUGCAAAAAGCAAUCGCAUCAUGCUGUAUAUCCACGGAGGCGCGUACUUCUUCGGCAGCGUGGACACGCAUCGGUAUAUGAUGCAGCGCCAUGCGCGCAAGCUGAAGGGUCGCGUAUUUGCCCCCGAAUAUCGCCUCUCUCCCCAGUUCCCCUUCCCGUGCGCGAUUCAGGAUUGUCUCGCGUCCUAUCUGUGGCUCCUGAGAUCAUACGACCCCACGGAAAUCAUCAUUGCUGGUGACUCGGCGGGUGGUGGAAUGGCGCUGUCGCUGAUGGUCAUUAUGCGUGAUCAGGGGAUCCCUUUACCCGCAGGGGCGAUUCUCAUUUCACCAUGGGUGGAUCUCACGCACUCCAUGCCGAGCAUCGUCGAGGACAACCCCGGCGAUUAUAUUCCCCCCAAUGGCUUCCGCCACAAACCGUCUACCGCGUGGCCCCCGCCCAAUACCGACGAAAUCCUCAAGAUCAAGAAACUCUCCCACAAGCCAACCAUCACCGCGAAGGAGGUCAACGAGACAAUCCCUGUGGCCAAUAGCAAUGCCGAGGAGACGGCUGUCCAGGGAUACACCUUACACGCCAAGAAGGAAGUCACCCCGGGCCAUGCCUAUCCGGGCAUGCAGCAAAGCUCGGACUCGAACACUGUGCACGCCGAGCCAGACAAUAUCCACGUCGUGUUAGAGGGCAAGACAGUCGAGCUCAAAGAUCAAAUUCAGAUGUACACGACGAACCAGUUAAUUUCGCAUCCCCUGGUGUCACCAAUUCUUCAACCGUCACUCGGCGGGCUCCCUCCGCUGCAGAUCCUCAGCGGCGGUGGUGAAAUGCUUCGCGAUGAGCAGUUCUACGUGGCUCAUAAGGCCGCCAAUCCCAAAUUGUACCCUCCCAGUGACGUGUAUCUUGAUGAGUUCGAUCCUGACCGGAAAACUCUCAACAAGUACGAGCCCACAUAUGUGCAUUUCCAACUGUGGGACAACCUGUGUCAUGUGGCCCCAACGUUCAGCUUUUCUCGGCCAGCCAAGUACAUGUUCCGGGCAAUCUCUCAGUUCGGCUCUUGGGCACUAGCUCGUGCUCAGAAGCACGGAGUUGAUAUUGUGGAUGAUAACGUGGUUUCGUCAGUAUCGUCAAGCGGCACAGAGAGCAGCUCGAGUCCCGGCCGUAGCAAAGGUCAGAAGAUACCACGCACAGAAACGGGGAUGUCGUUCGUGGGUAAAGCGGGUGAUCCUCUUCCGGCAUUCCACCAGCACAUGCUCCGCGAAAGAGUCGAUAAGCGUGGACGCACCUUUCCACUCGACCCGCCAUCAUCAUAUCCGGUACUCGACAUUCCACAUGAGAAAAUCGGUGCGGUCAAUCCAGAACUCAUCAAGAAGUGGCUAGACGCGAAACAUGAGUGGGACACGAAGUUCGCGAAAGAAAAGCUGCGGGUUCAAGGUCGUCGCAUCAAGGAGAUGGCACAUGGCUUCCAAGACUUCAACGGCGAGUGUCCACCUCCAAGCUCCUUGGCUGCUCGUCGGGCGGCACCCGGUGUACUCCCGAACCGCCACGCCAAGAAGAACUAUGGAUUGAUGCUCUGGAGUGGGUGGGGCAGCAAGCACGAUGAACGUACCCUCAAAAAGGAACAGCAGGCAGAGCAAUCUGGUCGUCGCUCGACCCGCACAAGUGUUGAUGCGGGUCAAGCCGGCACAUACUCAAGCGAGCCUGCUAUAGCUCAGCAGAGUGGGACCGAUAAAGACUCCCAAGCCGCUGCUUCCAGUGCAGGGGUGGCCUCUUGGGAUUCGGUUGGCGAACACAAACAAUCAACCGGAAAUUUGGCUUCACGCGCUUCAGGUUACCCUGAAUCUGCCCCCACUCGACCAAUCUCGCAGAAGAGUGGCGGCCCCUUGCUCAUUCUCCCUGAAGUCGACAAUCGCAAGCUUAAGGAUGAAAAUGCAAGCACGAGAGCCCUUUUUCACGCUGCCAUGACCUCGAAUUCCUCUCUCCCUCAGCUCAAUGGUCGGCCGUCCUCCGUGGCUGGGCGCAGCGAGUUCUUGUCUGACGAUGCCAGUACUAUCGGAGGCGAAAGAGAUGCUGGAACCUCUGGUGUUACAACGGAUGCAGUGAGCACCCGAGCAGUAUUGAGUGCCAAGGGUGUUGUCGGCUUGGUUGGCGGAGGUGACAGUGGACGUCUUUCGACCGAGACUUCUUCCGUACGUGCUGCCCUUUCGGACGGAGAAGCUCGAGAGUCUACCUCUCGUCGACCAGAGAUGCCAGACCGGGAAGUCUUCAAGACUGCCGAUGAGAAGCUGUAG